AUGCUUUCUCGUCCACCUCUCUCGACGCACCACAGGAUUGCUUCUGUUGCUUCUGCUGCUGCUUCUCACACCCGCAAACUCACCUCUCGCUCUACUACCCCCCUUGCCUCACUGCCAUUGCGCUCCAGACCCAGCAUGCUCGGUCCUAGCCUGUACUGCCCUCAGUAUAACGCGAUGCACUCCUCGUCUCCCGCACAGUCGCCUGCCGGCUCGACCGGUUCUCCAGUCGACGGCUACUUCGACACUGCGAAUCCAGGAUACAUCCGCAAGUAUCUUCGCACAUACGGACUCACGCCGCCUCGUGCAGAGAGCUAUGAGGUGCAGAAGACCAGAUGUCUUGCUCAGCUGGCCCUCAAGUCUACUCCUAUCGAGAAGUUCCUCUACCUUAGCACGAUCCGCAAGAACAGUGUGCACCUAUUCUACCGCCUGGUCAUGGACCAUCUACAGGAGCUUACUCCCCUUAUCUACACACCUGUUGUUGGUGAAGCUUGCCAGAAAUGGUCUGAGAUAUAUCAGCAGCCUGAAGGAAUGUAUCUUAGCUACGAGGACCGAGGAAACAUUGCCGCAGUCAUCCAGAACUGGCCCCAGCCAAACGUCGACAUCACUGUUAUCACCGACGGCUCGAGAAUAUUGGGAUUGGGCGAUCUCGGAAUCAACGGAAUGGGUAUCCCAAUUGGAAAGCUUGCUCUCUAUACUGCCUGUGCUGGCAUCAGGCCCGAAGCUACUCUCCCCCUCACCCUUGACCUGGGAACCAGCAAUAAGGCUCUAAGAGAAGACCCUCUGUACAUGGGCAGCCGCCGUGGCAAGGUUACUCAGGAGCAGGAGCUUGAGUUCAUGGAUGAGCUCAUGGCUGCGUUGACCGAGAGAUGGCCAGGUAUCGUCAUACAAUUUGAGGAUUUCAAGAAUCCCUUCCCUGCCCUCGUAAAAUACCGUCACAACUACACUUGCUUCAAUGACGAUAUCCAGGGAACAGGAGCCGUCAUUUUGGGUGGAGUGAUAAAUGCCGUCAAGCGAUCUGGCCUGCCACCCAAGGACCACCGUGCUGUGUUCCUCGGCGCUGGAAGUGCAGGUGUCGGUGUUGCUAAGCAGAUCGUCGACUUCUUUGUCAAGGAGGGAAUGACCGAGGAUGAGGCCAAAGCUUGCUUCUACCUUGUGGACACCAAGGGCCUUGUCACUGCGGACCGAGGUGAUAGACUUGCCGCUCACAAAGUCUACUUCGCGCGCCAUGACAACAACGGCCAGCAGUUCAAGACCUUGGAAGAAGUCGUAGACCAUGUCAAGCCCACCAUGCUGAUGGGACUCUCCACCCUUGGAGGUGUCUUCACUCCAGAGAUCCUCAAGAAGAUGGCAGACAAUAACAAGCAGCCUAUCAUCUUCCCUCUCUCAAAUCCCUCCGCCAACUCAGAAUGUGACUUUAAGUCUGCAAUCACUCACACAGAUGGCCGUGCGCUAUUUGCCUCUGGCUCUCCAUUCCCUUCAUUCUCCUUCAAGAACAGUGCCGGUGAGACUUCCACCUACUACCCUGGCCAGGGCAACAACAUGUAUGUCUUCCCCGGUAUCGGACUCGGAACCAUCCUAUCCAAGGCCGUCGAAGUCACCGAUACCAUGAUCUACGCUGCUGCAGACGCCCUUGCAACAUCCCUGACAACCGAGGAACUUGACCGAGGCCUGCUCUACCCUGAAAUCACAAGAAUCCGUGAAGUCAGCGUUUCCGUCGCCAGAGGAGUCAUCCGUGCUGCUCAGGACGCCAAGGUGGAUCGCGAAACGGCAAUCCGAACAUUCUCAGACUCCGACCUAGACUCAUGGAUCAAAUCCAAGAUGUACAACCCACACUCCGAGGUUAACUCGCUAGAACGCGAAGUUGGCAUCCUCCUUUCCUCCAUCGGCCGUAUAAACGGAACCUCAAACGGAGACAUAUCGCCUCGUGGUGAAGACCAAGGCUCCAAGCUCUAG